AUCAGAGAUGGUUAAUUCAACACAGCUGCGUCUGGUCAUUUGAUUACACGUUUAAUACCCCUCGUGGUGUACUUUGGUCAUUUCCUGUACGGCGUAAACAGAAUGUUACGAGCUAGGCAACACUGAAGUAUUCUGUUAGCACACAACUCACACAGCUUCAUAUUGCACGAGUGACUUUCUGCAACUAUGUUUUCGUUUUGGAGAAACCUCAAUGCAACUCGCGCUGUUAGUAACAGUGGACCUGCAGCGCACUUCUUCUGUUUACGGUCACGUCCAACUUUGUCUCUCCGCAGCCACAAACCAGGUCUGUGCGUAACCCCCAUCAGGGAGGCCUCAGGGAAACGGUUCAAUGUGCCGCCGAGCGCAGAGUUUGUGGCAAGGGUGUCGGGGAUCCCCACCAUGGCCAAGUUACCGUACCAGGAGACCGCAGAAGGGCUCGAUGCGGCGUUUAUCGGGGUCCCAAUCGAUAUCGGGACCUCCAACAGACCUGGAGCAAGGUUUGGUCCCAGGCAGAUCCGAGUGGAAUCUGCCUUGUUGAGAUCUUACAACAGUGGCACCAGGGCAGCACCUUAUGAGUCCCUCAUGGUGGCUGAUAUUGGGGACGUCAAUGUGAAUGUGUAUGACCUGAAGGACACCUGCAAACGCAUCAGGGACGCCUACAGAAACAUCGUGGCUACUGGCUGUAUUCCUCUGACUAUGGGUGGCGAUCACACAAUUGCAUAUCCAAUCCUACAAGCUGUUGCUGAGAAGCAUGGCCCAGUGGGUCUGGUCCAUGUGGAUGCUCAUGCUGACACCAGUGAUGUGGUUUUGGGGGAGAAGAUUGGACAUGGGACUCCAUUCAGACGUUGUGUGGAAGAAGGGCUACUGGACUGCAAGAGAGUGGUCCAGAUCGGCCUGCGUGGUACAGGAUACUCUGCAGAUUCAUAUGAAUGGAGCCGGGCACAGGGUUUCCGUGUGGUCCAAGUGGAAGAGUGUUGGUUCAAAUCUCUUGCCCCUCUGAUGGCUGAGGUCAGGACUCAGAUGGGCAGCGGUCCAGUUUACCUCAGUUUCGACAUCGAUGCUCUCGACCCGGGCUUUGCCCCUGGAACAGGAACACCAGAGAUAGCAGGGCUUACUCCCAUACAGGGAGUUGAGAUUAUUCGGGGCUGCCGUGGUUUAAACCUUGUUGGAUGUGAUCUUGUGGAGGUGUCUCCCCCCUACGACACCACAGGGAACACUGCACUGACUGGUGCCAACCUCCUUUUUGAAAUGUUGUGCGUCCUCCCGAAAAUUAAAUACUGCUGAUCAGUAAAGACAUCACAGAAUGAAACCGGUAGUUUAUUAAUAAAGAAUAAACAGAUACCAACGCCAAACUAGCAGGUAGUUCUGCUGAAUGAAUCUUUGUAAUAAUUGUAUAUUUUUUUUAUUACAACCAUCAUGAUGAUAAAUGCACUAUUGACCACCAAUAAAAGCUCUUUACUGCA